CGUCGAUGCACCUCUAUUAAACUCUCCCUACUCUGGAACAGGCGAUUUUUAACGUAGCGCGUCGUUCCUCGGGCACGAGCGUUGGCCGACGUUGGCGAAUGCAUUGUUUCCUCGCGCGGGAACAGUGGGCACGAUAUGAGUCACGUACGCGUACUGGUGUACACGCGCUUACUCCGAGCAAAAACAAUUUUUUGCACGCGUUCGAUGGCAGAGGUGUCGGUCUAGGAGCGCGACGAGGUGCGAUCGGAGCGAGAGAGGCGAUAGGAAAGGCAAAGGACAGACGAGGUUUGUCGACUCGGUUGGGGGGUAAGAAAAACGCCGGUCGGGUAAAUCGUCGACGGGCAUCGACGCUCCGAUUGGCUGGCCGAGCCUCUUCUCCGAAAUUCGCCACGAAUUCCGAGAAAUCGGCAGUGUGGCGCUACGCUCACCGGCAUCCCCGUCUCUGUCUGUUUGCGCGCUCGUUGCCGAGAACCGACCGUCUGUGUCCAGUCGCCACUUCCGUGCGUCGCGGCACCGCAGGCGGAAACAGGACACGAAGAGCACCCGAUUCUGAGGGAGAGGAAAGCAAGAGGAUCGAGACCGAUCGGGGUAGCGUGGCUGCCGAGGAAUCUGGACGAGAUGAGACCCAACGAGGUGAUACAAAACGAGAGAAGAGCGACGGAGACGAUGUCCGAGACGUCCGAGGGCACCGCGGCGACCAGCAUCUCCGGGAAAUCGGGGUCCGAGAGCCGCGAGGAGCUGCGGGACAUCGCGGCUGUGCUGGGAAUCGUUAAUCCGGACGAUCUGCACCAGGAGAGAUUUCGCGUUGAUCGGCACAAAUUGGAACAGAUGAUGUUAGGUGAUAAUGCCGUACCGAAGACAGCGGACACGUUUUUUCAUAACGUUAUGGAGGAAACGAACACCUUCGUUACGUGGCCGUCCCGACUGAAGAUCGGAGCAAAGUCGAAGAAAGAUCCGCAUAUAAAGGUCGCGGGUCGACCCGAUGACGUGCGAGCCGCUAAGGAGAAGAUAAUGGAAAUUUUGGACACGAGGCAGAUCAACCGAGUAACUAUGAAACUGGACGUUAGUUACACCGACCAUUCGCACAUUAUUGGAAAGGGUGGUCUGACGAUUAAACGAGUGAUGGAGGAAACCGGCUGUCACAUUCAUUUCCCGGACAGUAACCGUAGCAAUCACCAAGAGAAGAGCAAUCAAGUCUCCAUUGCUGGCGAAGUGGAGGGUGUCGAACGAGCCCGUGCUCGAGUCAGGAACCUGACGCCUCUGAUCUUCUCGUUCGAGUUGCCGAUCAUGGGCGCGUCGCAGGCCAUGCCGGACUCCACUUCGCCCUACGUGGUGAAAAUUCAAGAAAAGUACAACGUACAGGUGAUGUUUCGCACGAGGCCCAAGCUGCACGCUACCCUGGUUGUAGUGAAGGGCUGCGAAUGGGAGGUGUCGCAAGUGAAGGAAGCGACCUUGCUACUGAUCCACUACAUGUGCCAAAACUUAGCUAGUCAAAUACAAGUACAAAUGUCGAUGGAGAUCUCGCCGCAACAUCACAGUAUCGUGCUUGGUAAGCAGAGCAGCAACUUGAAGAUGAUCAUGCAGUGCACUGCCACGCAAAUCAUGUUCCCCGACGCGGGCGACCCAAACAUUCCCAGCCUGAAAAAGAGCAACAUCACAAUCACAGGUGGCAUCCAUAACGUUUACAUGGCCCGACAACAGUUAGUGGGCUCCCUGCCGUUGGUUCUGAUGUUUGACCUUCCCGAGGACACCAUGUCGUCCGUCGACACGGAGAACAUUUCCCAGUUGAUGCAGUCGCUGGACGUGUUCAUAAACGUGAGGCACAAACCCAAACAGAGCACGCUUUCCGUUAUCAUCAAGGGGAUCGAGCGGAACGCUGGUAACAUUUACGAAGCGAGGAAACAGCUGUUGGGCUUGGAUGAGCCCAGGAUACAUGCAGAGAUCCCGGUGACUUACCAUGUCCCGAACGCUGGCAAUAUAUUUCAGGGACGAACCACCAACGGGGCUGGUUCCAACAAUCUGGUCGGCAGUCUGUCGGAGAACCUGUCGAAUAUGCUAACGGUGAACACGCAGAAUCCUCCGUACUGCGUGUCGCCGAUGUCUCACUCGCCAAAUCCGAUGGGCUUGUCGCCUCAUUGGGGCUUACCGUCGAUACCGUCCAUGUUUUCGCCGCUACAGCUUCACCACACUUACCCGUAUCCGCACCUCAACCAUCUACUGACGACGCAGCACGUGAUGCACAACAAAGCGAUGCCAUCUCACGCCCAUGGAUUACAGAACCAUGCAUUUCCCGGCAUUGGGCAACUCCACUCCAACGUACCACGCGUUGCUGGCUUUCACAGUAUUCACGGACUGAACGGCAACUUGCCGGAUAGCAAGGAAUGCAGUGCUUAUUCGUCGUUGAGCAGCGUCUCCAGUUCUCUAUCUAGUCCCGCGGUCAGCCCUCGAAACGUAUCGCCGGUCAAUCCUACCGAGACUAGUCCUAAUUUAGAUUUAUCCGGUGUUCUAUCGGAUCUCUCGGUGACCGAUCGACGAGCACCCGGCUGCGAGAAGAAAACUUUGGAAAUGGCUGUGCAACAGAAUCUCGCGCCUUUCGACUACGAUCAGAAGAAAAUCUUGAGCGUGAAAGCGAUGCAGGCGAAACCGAACUCCAACGAGUAUCGCGUUCCCACAUCCACAUGGUCUGGCUACGGAUUCAGUCAGUCCAUUCCUCCUAUAAGCACGGGAGACUUGAGCAAGGAACUGACCACCUCUCGUCCGUCUGAUUUGUGGAAAGAACCAACGACGCCAGUGUUCAGCGGAGAGAUUGACUUCGGAAUUGGAUCCGGCAAAGACCGCGUUGGACAAAUCGGCGUGAGCUCGAAUUACAUGGAACACACGCCGAGCACGCAUCUGAACAAAAUCCUGUCUCACCGGUACACCGAUUUGACCAGCAUGCUGACCAGCGUUGGAUUGGAAAAAUAUAUUCGCCUGUUCACGUCUCACGAGGUGGACAUGGCUACGUUUCCCACGUUGACGGAGAAGGAUCUCUGCGAGAUCGGGAUAUCCGCUUGGGGCGCGAGGCGCAAAAUAAUGCUGUUAAUCGCUGAAAUGAACAAACGAACUAGUACAUUCUGCGGCAGCGCGGCUCCGGGCGCGGAACGGAAGGCGACAACGUCAACGGCUACGACGUCGAUUGAGAAGUGCAAUCUGGACAGCAAGUGGUAAAACAGGACGAGAAGAAAUGUCGCGGGUCCCGCGAUAUUUAUGCGAAACUGAUACAGCACCGAUGAAUUUCGGACAGUGGUACUUAAACGUUAGCAACGCGCUCGGACGCGGACAAUCGCAUUUCAAGACACGAGAACAUUGAUAAUCGAUGAUCGAUUUCACGCGGGAAGGUCCCGGCGACUCGACACGUUGGUUCGAGAAUAUAAUUAGUAAGUUAAUUUGCGAUUUACCAGGCACCGGACGAACACCCCCUGAUGAUUCUUUUUUUGUGAUCGAGGACCG